UGGAAGUGACCGACUAAAAAAUUUCCCGAUCCCAAAAUCGACCCCCGUUUAUUAAAAGCCCUAGCUUUGUCUCCGAGAGACCUAGACGAUCAAACAAGUUUCGAUUUUUUUUGGUAGCAGCAACAAUGGCGAACAAUGUUGUAUCAUUCGACAAGCUUAAAGCUUUCUGGCACUCUGAGGUUCACGACGAACAAAAAUGGGCCGUUAACAUGAAACUUCUGAGAGCACUUGGGAUGUUCGCAGGAGGAGUCUUCCUCAUGCGUAACUAUGGUGAUCUCAUGGGAGUUGGAGUUUGAGAAGAAUGGAGAGGAGCUUCUCUCUCUCUCUCUCUCUCUUAGUUUAUCAAUUUGUCAGCUCUUAUAUUUCUACUCUAGAAUUGGUGUUACUCGUUACUGAUUUCAUCUAUGUGAUAAGAUUUUCAAGAUUUGUGUCUUGUGUUUUUCUCUGUCUGGGAUUCUAUAAUAUAUGCUAAAGAGUUUAUUUUUCCAUA